AUGCAUAUUCUCGGUGUCUCUACAUUUCCCGAUGCUGGGAUAUAUGCCUGUCAUGUCCUCUACCCGAACCCGAUCUGUUCUGACCUGAUUGAACAUCACUCCAGACUAUCAACAUACUACAACUUCACCAAACCAAACGACGUCCGCGCCCUACAGCUCAUGAACCUCGCCGCCACCCAUGUGGUGAAGUCGAUCCCCGAAAUCGUCAUCGCAUACGGCGUCUCGGAUGAAUACAGUUUCGUAUUCCAUAGGUCGACGAACCUGUUUGAGCGGAGAGCCGCGAAACUCGUCAGUACGGUUGUCAGUUCGUUCACGGCGGCUUAUGUUCGGCUUUGGGAGUCGGUGUUUGAGGACGGCAAAGGAGACGGGGGAAAAAGAGAAAGAGAAAGAGAGGAUGAGAGUCGGGACGAUGGUGCAAAAGGUAAAAUUCAUGGCCGAAGAAGCCUCGAUCUUGCCAUGCUCCCGACAUUCGACGGGCGGGCGGUUUGUUAUCCCUCGUGGGAGAAUUUGAGGGAUUAUUUGAGUUGGAGGCAGGUCGAUUGCCACAUCAACAACCUCUACAACACAACAUUCUGGACCCUCGUCCAGCAAGGCGGCAUGACGGCGACAGCGGCGGAAGAAUAUCUCAAAGGAACCGUGUCCAGCGAUAAGAACGAGAUUCUCUGGUCCAGGUUCGGAAUCAACUAUAACAGCGAGCCUGAGAUGUUUCGUAAAGGAAGCGUUGUGUUUCGAGAAUAUGCUUUGGAACCUGUCACCAGCACCAGUAGCGGCAACGACAACGACGAAGACCGUCAUGGCAAGGAAAAGAGGGGAGAUAUCGCCACGCACAUACACGAAGAGGACGAGGAUGAUGAAGAUGAGGUAGAUGAUGGGUUCGCAUCCGUCUCAAAGACACAAGCCGAGAAGAUCAGGAAGACCAGGCAGAAAGCGAAAGUGGUCACCAGACAUGUCGAUAUUAUCAAGGACGAGUUUUGGCUUCGGAGACCGUGGAUCAAGAGUGGGAGGCCGGGGAGAUUGGUCGUGGAGGAUGCGAAAUCAUGA